UCCUGUUCAGCCCCUUUUCAGUGUGUGUGUGUGUGUGUGUGUGUGUGUGUGUCUGUGUGUGUGUGAUGUGAGGAAAAGGGAAAAGGGAAAAGGGAAAAGGAAGAGUGGUCAGUGGAGCUGGAGGGCGCAGGCGAGAGGGGAAGUCAGGGUGUGUGCUGAUUCUUCAGUGUUACACAAACCCAACACAUAGCUGCCAUGGAGCCUUCUACACUGAUCUACUGCAGCCGACUGACAGCAGGGUAACUGCUGCCAUUGUCUGUGGCUCUAAAUGUCCUCUGCCAUGGCGAAGCGCGAGGCUGGGAGCACCAGCCCAGUGGUGCGUCAGAUAGACAAGCAGUUCCUGGUCUGCAGCAUCUGCCUGGAUCACUACUGCAACCCCAAGGUCCUGCCCUGUCUGCACACCUUCUGUGAAAGUUGUCUCCAGAACUACAUUCCCCCAGAGUCUCUGACGCUCUCGUGUCCUGUGUGCCGGCAGACGUCCAUCUUGCCAGAGAAAGGAGUUUGUGCUUUACAGAACAACUUCUUCAUCACUAAUCUCAUGGAGGUUCUUCAACGGGACCCGGAGUGCUCACGGCCAGAGGCCUGCAGUGUCCUGGAGUCAGUGAGUGCUGCAGCUGCCGGGAAGCCGCUCUGCUGCCCCAACCACGAGGGGAAGGUGAUGGAGUUCUACUGUGAGUCGUGUGAGACAGCCAUGUGUCUGGACUGCACGGAGGCCGAGCACCGGGAGCACGUGACUGUUCCUCUGCGGGACGUGGUGGAGCAGCACAAGGCCGCACUGAAGACACAGCUGGACGCGAUACACAGCAGGCUCCCUCAGCUGACUGCAGCCAUCGAGCUGGUGAGUGAGAUUUCUCGGCAGCUGAACGAGAGGAAGACCGAGGCGGUGGCAGAGCUCACCAGUACGUUUGAAGAGCUGGAGCGAGCGCUGCAUCAGCGCAAGUCGGCCCUCAUCACAGACCUGGAGAACAUCUGCACCACCAAGCAGAAGGUCCUGCAGGCGCAGCUCUCAUCUCUGCUCCAGGGGAAGGAACACAUCCAGAGCAGCUGCAGCUUCACAGAGCAGGCCCUCAGCCACGGGAGCGCCACUGAGGUGCUGCUGGUUCAGAAGCAGAUGAGCGAGCGGGUGACGGCGCUGGCCCGACACGACUUCCCAGAGAGGCCACAUCAGAACGCACAUCUGGACUGUCAGGUGGAGACUGAAGGUCUGCGGCGCUCCAUCCAGAACCUGGGAGUUCUCCUCACCACGGCUGCUGUGGCUCACACCUCUGUUGCCACGGGAGAAGGCCUCCGCCACGCGGCAACCGGGCAGCAUCACGCCAUCACCGUGACAACGAAAGACAAGGAUGGCGAGCUGGUGCGGAGGGGAAACGCGGUUUUAAAGGCGGAGAUCACGUCGGCCGACGGGAACCGAGCCGCAGAGACCGAGAUAACGGACAAUAAGAACGGAACGUACGAGGUGGGCUACACGCUACGCUCCGAGGGCGAGUACUCCUUCGCCCUGCUGCUGUACGGCCAGCCGGUCCGCGGCAGCCCGUUCCGCCUGCGGGCCGUGAAGCCAUCAGACGUGCCCCAGUCUCCGGAUGACGUGAAGAGGAGGGUGAAGUCUCCCAGCGGGACGGGGGGGCACAUACGGCAGAAGGCAGUGCGACGGCCCUCCAGCAUGUACAGCACCACCAAGAAGAAGGAGAACCCCAUCGAGGAUGAGCUCAUCUACAGAGUGGGUUCGCGGGGCAGAGAAAAAGGAGAGUUCACCAACCUGCAGGGAAUCUCAGCCUCCAGCAACGGCAGAGUGGUGGUGGCUGACAGCAACAACCAGUGCAUCCAGAUUUUCUCAAACGACGGCCAAUUCAAGAUGCGCUUCGGGGUCAGAGGUCGGUCCCCGGGGCAGCUGCAGAGGCCGACGGGUGUCACCGUGGACCUGAACGGGGACAUUGUGGUGGCCGACUAUGACAAUCGAUGGGUCAGCAUCUUCUCCUCUGACGGCAAGUUCAAGAAUAAGAUCGGUUCCGGCCGGCUCAUGGGCCCUAAGGGCGUCGCUGUGGACAAGAACGGACACAUCAUCACUGUGGACAACAAGGCCUGCUGCGUCUUCAUCUUUCAGUCCAACGGGAAACUGGUGACUAAGUUCGGGGGCCGAGGGACGUCGGACAGACAGUUUGCAGGUCCUCACUUUGUCGCAGUGAACAACAAGAAUGAAAUUAUCGUGACCGACUUUCACAAUCACUCUGUGAAGGUGUACAGUGCCGAUGGAGAGUUCUUGUUUAAAUUCGGUUCUCACGGUGAAGGGAACGGUCAGUUCAACGCUCCCACUGGUGUGGCUGUGGACGCCAAUGGGAACAUCAUUGUCGCUGACUGGGGCAACAGCAGAAUACAGGUGUUUGACAGCACAGGCUCCUUCUUAUCCUACAUCAACACAUCAGCCGACCCGCUGUACGGGCCCCAGGGCCUCGCCCUCACCUCAGACGGACACGUGGCUGUCGCCGACUCCGGCAACCACUGCUUUAAGGUUUACAGAUACCUGCAGUGAGCUGAGGCAGGACCCCCCCCCCCCCCCCCCGUUCAACUGCUCUUCAGACAACUUCACGUCACACACACUGCUCGUGGACAUGGAGCUGCAAGGGGCCGUGACCCUCGGUUCCACUAGAUCAAUCCUACAAUUCUAAGAUCUAAUAUUCACAGAUGAAAACAAAGAAAUCUGAGAAAAAAAUACAUUUACAGUGAUAACAGAAAUCCCAAAAGUUUGUAAAAGACAAAAGAAGCCAGUAACCCAUGAAAAAUAUUGUCACAUUUUUAUUAAAAGACUUGUUCCUGUGCAACUGAGGAACAAAACAACCUGUUAUUCGGUCAUGAGAGAAACCCGAUGUGGAAAUCCACCUCUGGAACCAGAGGUUUCAGCUCUAUGUCUCACGAGUGUGACCUCACCAUUCGACAGCCUGACAGGUUUUUAAAGUUGGUGAUACUCUGCAAUUUUUUGGGGGCAAAGCCGACGCGCAACUCUCCCAGUGACCAGCAGGGGAAGCGAGUCUGGGUCCUGGUCAGGAGACGAUGCUCAGGCCACUUCUCAAACACUGUUGCACGUCAGUUCGCUCUUAGAAAUUCCCCGUGGUCACUGCCUUACAGUUUCCAAUCCUCACAACAGAAAACACACAGUACGACGGAGUGUUAGGGCCACUUACAGAAAGGAAAUAUCCGAGAUAUCGAG